CCCCGAUCGCGUUCGGUUCGGUUCGGGUUUGAUGUUUUGUUGUCUUCUGCACUUGUGCCUCGUGAAUCGCCUGUCAAUCUAAAGCUUUACCGAAACUUUUUCGAUCAAGAGCGCAUUUUAUUUCUUGAAGGAGAACGACAUUUGUUUUGCAAUUUAGCAUUUAAUCAUCUUUCUCCCCCAUCCUUGGAGUUGCACCCUCUUGGGCUGUGAGAUUGUAGAGUUUCAUAACCUAAGUUUCCGGUCGUGAUUUGCUAUGAAGUGUCAUUUUUGGUUGUGAUUUGUGACUGAACGAUCUUGCUUCAAUAUAUUACACUUCGAUAUGGGAAUUUCACUUCCUUGUGAAGAGCUGGUUUUAUUUAUGUCUUACUUAGUAUAGACUUCUCAGCCUAAUGAAUUUUUCGUCAUUGUUUCAUCCUGCCUUCGUUAAUUUUAACUGGCCUAAUAUUGAUGGAAGCCCACUAGCUUUUAGAGCUCAUGGAACCGAAUCUGAACCGGACGCCAUAAAGAAGGAGCGCACCAGCGAUGAAGAGAGUGAAAACAAGCAUAGACGGGGCUGGUGCCAGCAGAACCCCAUAAAUAUGGCUGGAGUGAAUAACAACAGUAGCAGAUCAUUAGCUGAAGGUAACUUACUUCCUCCUCACGCCCUUUCCUGCCUACAACAGCAUCAUCAAUCAUCGAACCAAUCUUCAAGUUCAACGCCAACUUCCUCAAUCCCUACAUCUGCUCCUUCAUCUACAUCAACUCCAACUGCCCAUGAUCUCUUCUUAGGUCACCAGCAUCAUUUGCAGCAUCUCAACAAAAACCAACAUCCUGCAAUUCCAGUUGAAUAUUCUUCUGUCAGUAAUCCGUCAUCACAUUCACAGCAUCCAAUUUCGUCACCUCCCUCAUCAUCAAGCAAUGUGCCAUCUUCUUCUUCUAACUCCUCCCAACCAACUCUAUUUAAGACCACUUUAAAGUCAAUACCCCCCUCCGAAAAGGUGUACCAAUGUGAUGAUUGUGGUCAGUGCUACUCACGAAAAGGAAACUUCAUCACUCAUUGUCGAAUUCAUACUGGAGAGAAACCUUUUCAGUGCACUGAAUGUACUGAACAGUUUGCUUCUAGUAGUGCUUUGGCCAGACACAAUCGCACACAUUCAGCUGAUAAACCAUUUGCUUGUGUAGAUUGUGGUAAAAUGUUUACUACCAAUUCUGCACUCAAAGAACAUAUUGCUACUCAUACAUCUGAAGGAGGUAAGGUCAUGUGUUCUGAGUGUGGUAAAAAAUGUAUUACUGCAUAUGAUUUAAAGGUGCAUAUGCGUACCCACACUGGUGAAAGACCUUACAAAUGUACUGAAUGUGGUAAAAUGUGUUUAACAAGUUCUGAUCUCAAAGUACAUAUUCGCACUCAUACUGGGGAACGUCCAUUUCAGUGUGUAGAAUGUGGCAAGCUCUGUAACACCAGUUCAGAUUUAAGGGUUCAUUACCGAAUACAUACUGGAGAAAAAAUUCACAUUUGUUCCCAUUGUGGCAAAGCUUGUAAUACAAGUGGAGAUUUGAAAGUUCACAUUAGAACCCACACAGGGGAAAAGCCAUACAAGUGCUCAGUUUGUGGAAAACAGUGCAUGACUUCAAGUGACCUUAAAGUUCACUUUCGAACUCACACUGGUGAAAAACCUUACAAGUGCAGCUAUUGUGUAAAAUCAUUCACCACAAGCUCGGAUUUGAAAGUUCAUACUAGGACACACACAGGCGAGAGACCUUACAAGUGCACGGUUUGUGGUAAAGGUUGUUUAACUGCCAGUGAUUUGAAGGUACACAUGCGGAGACAUUCUGGGGAGCAGCCCUAUCAGUGUUCUGUUUGCAGCAAACAGUGUAGUACUUUAAGUGAUCUAAAGGUUCAUGCUAGGACACAUACAGAUGAAUGAACCAUUUUGAAUGUGAUAAGUUGUUACAAACUUUCUUUAAUUUACUUAUCCUUGUAACAGGAAAAAAAAUGAUCAAACUCCAAACUUUACCAUUUACGCAUUGAACCUCUCAGACAAUAUUUGUUUGAUGAAUCAACAAAAGUUAGGGUUGAAAUAAGUUUUAAUCAUAAUUAUCAAUCAGGAAUGUACUCCUACAAUAAUGCUACUUUGACAUUGCUGGUAUUCUUAUGUAAAAUGUAAUGUCUCAGGAUAUUAUUAAAUUAAUGAUGUUUAUACAUAUAAGAAAGAUUACUGAAUUGGUUGUUAAAGCAAGCAUCAAUGCCCUGUUGCUUUUGACCUGUUCUGACAAACUUUAAGAAAAUUGAAGGAACAUGGAUCAAAUUUUGAAAUCAGGUCAACAUUUUCUACUUUCUACUGUUAUGACAGGAUUAUUCUGUUGCUAUUCUAGAUUAUCAUUCAGGUUCUUGGUAUUGGAUUACCAAAUCUAUCCUGUUUUGAUUUUAAAUUACAACAUAUUUGUUAUGUUUUGUUUUGCAGUUUGCAUGAUACAAAUGUGGUUUAACUAUUGUUGACUACUGUCACUCCUGUUACCAUUAUUAUUUUUGCAGGUGUACAAUUUAGUAUCUAAUCCUGCAUUUACAAUAGAGUGAAAUCUCUUAAUAAAGUUGUUUUCUAUUUGCAACAAAA